CCACUGCGACAAUAAAUACUGAACCGGUCCCAUUGGCGUUUUAUUCACACUAACGUCAAAUUUCUUGUAUCUGGGGUGUGCUUGGACUUGCCUUGACCCUUCGGCCCGUGCUUUGGCAUCCGCCGCAAGACAGUAGCAAAGACAAGACCACUUCUGGAAGUAUAAAAUGAUAUCACUGAAGGGGCUCUUCACUCGUUCUGCAUUCUAGCACAUCCGGCCUCGCUCUCGCCUUGACUAUGCCUCGCAACUCGAAAUCCACCUCAAUACGAGUCAACCCGCAGCAGACGCCGGCUCUAAACGUGCAGCUGGAUCCCAAAGAGUUCUCCAUGUGGCGGCGAGAGCGAUUGGCCUACCUACAGGCCCUGAAUCGUGGUUCACGGUCGGGUGCCGUUAGAAAGAGUCUAAGGCAAAAGAGGCGAAGCCGAGUCAAGUCUACCACUCCUAAUUCUACCCCCGGACUAUCUUCAUUCGUUGCUCUCCCCUCUGCACCCAGCACACCAGCAUUCAUGCCUCGGGAGAAGACGAGCCCACCCCCCGCGCCACGAGCUUCGAAGAAUAGAGUCAUAGAUCUUGGAACUCCUACGCCGCCGCCGCGCAGAUCUAGAGUCAUUGAUCACAACUUCCUCACCGUCGGUUCACUAUUCCACAUCAGGAGCUCUCCAGACAUCAUCCUAGAGGACAUGACUGAGGAUGAAUCAGAUGCUUGGCACGAAAACAUGCGGGAUGCGUUUGAGGGUGCCAACAAGAUCAGGAAAGCCAAACCGAGCCAAAGUUUCUAAGAGCUGCCGCAAGUUUCAUGAUACAUAUUUUACGUUCAUCCUUGUAUAAAG